CUUGCGCAGUUUUGCUGGAGCUUCUAGACAGCUCGUCGCUGCUACGGGCGCAUCUCACCACUUCAGUCUGCGGUCGUCAACUAAAGCGGACUCAUUAGCUCUGCCCUCGCUUGCAGCGCGAAAUUUAACCAAAAAAAGAUCCCGGGCUUCUGAAAAAAGAAAAAAAAUCAACACAUAAUCACUUGAAUUCCGCCUGACCACCACCGAAUUAAUUUCGCGACCGCAACCCCACGAUUCGUAAAUAAUCUUCCCCCUCGUAGUCGCGAUAAAACAACAACAAGUGAAUUAAUGAUUGUUAAUUUCGAGUUGUCAUCCCCGAGCACGCGGUUACCCACGUGAAAGUCAGGUGUAUCCCCUGGGGCGCAGGUGAAGUCCUCAGGUGGGCGCGUGCGUGGUGAAAUCGGCGGGAAAAGCGAAGAGAUCCCACACGUCCAUGACGAGUAACAAUUGAAUAUAAUCCAGGAGACAACAAGUGAUAAAUAUUCUAAAUGGUUGACACACUGCUGGUGGAAUUCUCCUCGAAGUAUCACCCGAUGUUGCAGCCCCCGUCGCCCCUCCUGGAGAUGGCGUCACUCCGACUCCCGGACUCUGAGGAAUUUGACAACGAGCCGCGUAGACGAAAUGGCAACAGCGGUUUAACAACGAUAGGACCACCUCUCCGUGUUGCCAACGAUGUAUUCACCAAGACCAAAGACGAUAUUCGCGAUUACGUUAACAAUUCACUUACGGAUCUAGUGACUGACGGUCCACGUCAUCCAAUGGACGAGCAUCCUGGUGUUCUAUUCAACGCGAGUGAACCUGGACACAUACCCGUUGAGCAUGUGCCCGAUUUAUUCUACAGACACAGUAUUGCUAUGACAGCUGUAUACUGCGCUGCUUAUUUCAUUGUAUUUGUUGUUGGUCUUGUUGGCAACAGUUUUGUUAUUGCUGUUGUUUAUCGCUCACCCCGUAUGCGCACCGUUACCAAUUUCUUCAUCGUCAAUCUCGCUGUUGCUGAUGUACUGGUGCUCGUUUUCUGUCUACCUGCCACAUUACUGGGGAACAUACUCGUUCCGUGGGUCCUUGGACGCUUCAUGUGCAAGACAGUGUCUUAUGUUCAGGGAGUCUCUGUUGCUGCUUCCGUCUACAGUCUCGUCGCUGUUUCAUUGGACAGAUUUCUGGCAAUCUGGUGGCCCCUGAAGUGCCAGAUAACGAAACGUCGUGCUCGCCUUCUGAUUGUUGUCAUCUGGUUCAUAGCCCUGGCGAUAACUCUACCCUGGCUGAUGUUCUUCGAUAUAAUAAUUCUCCCCAACAAUAUGGAUCAAUCGUUCUGCGUUGAGGAGUGGCCACGGAAGCAGGACGAAAGGCUAUUCUUCCUGAUCGGCAAUCUCAUGUUCUGUUACGUAUUACCGAUGAUUCUCAUUUCCCUGUGCUACAUCGCCAUUUGGGUGAAGGUGUCACGUCGAAACAUCCCCACGGACACGAAGGACGCUCAGAUGGAGAGGAUACAACAAAAAUCCAAGGUCAAAGUCGUCAAGAUGCUGGUGGUGGUUGUGAUUCUGUUUGUGCUGUCCUGGUUACCCCUGUACGUUAUCUUUGCGCGGAUAAAACUUGGGGGUGUACCAACAAUUUGGGAGGAGGAAGUCCUCAAUAUUGCUACACCCAUUGCCCAGUGGCUUGGCUCCAGCAACUCCUGCAUUAAUCCCAUCCUGUACGCAUUCUUCAACAAGAAAUAUCGUCGUGGCUUCAUGGCUAUUCUCAAGAGUGGACGGUGCUGCGGUAAAUUACGGUACUACGAGACUGUUGCAAUAAUGUCAUCAUCAACGAGCAUGAGAAAGUCAUCUUACUACGUUAACAACAACUCGUCGACACGUCGCACGUGUCAUGGGCCACCGGUACAUCAGGAUAGCAAUGUAUCCUACAUCUUCAAUCACACCGGUGUUUAAGAAUUUAAUUAUAAUCAGCAUUGACGCAUCCAGUGAAUGGAUCAAUUUGCUUAUCGCUGAAUAACGAUUCAACGAGACGAUCUCCGAUGAACUGCCAGCUCGAGAUUUUCGCUGUCAAUUUGUUAUGAUCAUGAAUUUGACAUGAUCGUCGCUCGGGCUGGACUCUUGCGAUUGGACUUUUAUCUGUGGAAUCAAAUGUUUCCCAAAUUUUUGAGAGAUGGAUUUUUUGAUGAUGCAUUACCCGGCGGGGUGACUAGUGUGCAACUAUUGUCUUUGAUGAUUAGUCAUAUUGUGGAAUAUCCCGUCAUAUCUUGUGUAGAUUGUAUACGCUGAAGAUUCCUCAGACACUGACACUUAGUCAUAACUUUUUUUUUUUUUUUUUGCCCCCAUUACACAACACAAAUCAUAUAUUUUCUUACCGGGGGUGAAUAUUGUCCGUUUGACGUGACACAUGUGAUUUUUCAAAAAGAAUUUUACGUAAUAGGGACGUCCCUAGGAUGUUUUAUAAUGUUUCGACGAGGAUGGAUAUCGCGGGCAGUUGCUUGGAGUUGAAUAUUUUCUUAAAAAAUCGAUUAAAUAAGUUUAACGUGAAAAUUGAUAAAACGUUUGUAUACUAAUGUGCAGAAAUACGAAUCACUGAGUCAUGGAGUCUACCAAUAAUGUGGAUGCACGAGUACUAUUUAGUCGUAAUCCACUGUGAUAAAUAAUUGACAUUAACAGAUUUCGCGAGUUGGUUUCACUGAUGUGGAUAUUAAAUAAUUAAAGAUAAGCGUGGAUCAGAGCAGGGCACGAUAACCAUGAUAAUAAUGUUUUAAAUUGAUAGAUUCACAUAAAUAAACAGCACAGAAACACCCUGAAGCUUGUUAAUGUCUCGGUGUGGGGGACAUAUCUUAUAGCUUUCAUGGUAAUCACAUGCCAAACGCUUAAUUAAUGACCAUCACCUGCGACACGAUCACGCGCAAUUUUUUUACUCAUCAUUUACAUGUCGGCCCUAUUCUCCGUUGAUCAUUAUUUAAUGUAAAUAGUACCGUGAGAUUACUCCAAUAUUUGACAGAUGAAUUUUUCAUCGCAUGUGCAUGCAAUAGUUUAUAAAAUAUCUAUACAUACUAUUAAGGGAAAGUUGUGAUUGCAUAAGUAAGGUUGAGGGUGAUUUUUAUAAUGAGUAGGAUAUCGUGGGGUUUUUAA